AUGGUCGACACCGGGAGUUCCGCCGACGUCCUAUACCUCGACGCCUUCAAGAAGCUCAGUUUGACUAAGGAGGACCUCACCGCCAUGGCGUCGGCACUCACUGGAUUCACGGGGGAUUCCAUCUCCCUGCUCGGGACCACCAUCCUCCCUAUCACCAUCCCGGAAGAGCCGAGAGCAAAGACAAUAAUGACCACCUUCAUGGUAGUCGAUCUGCCCUUGGCCUACAACGUCAUCCUCGACCGACCGGCGCUCAACAAGUUAAAAGCGGUGGUAUCCACCUACCAUAAGGCCAUCAAGUUUUUGACUUCGGUGAGGAUCAGGGAAUCCCGAAGUGAUCCAGGAGAGUCAAGGCGAUGCUAUCUUACGGCGAUUACUCUCCCAGGGAAGUCACGCCCCCAUCAAGUCCCCGACCCUCAUGAGGGACCCAUAGCGCCGAUGCAGUUGGAGCCCCCCGAGCAACUCACCGAGGUAACCCUUAAAAAGAACCGUCCCGAUCUGACCGUGAAGGUUGGGACGACGCUCCCCAAAGCAGAUCAGUCCACCUUAUCGAUUUCCUGA